AUGAAGAUUAGCGCUAUUCUCGCCCUGGGCGCCGCCAUCCUGCCUCUUGCCAGCGGCGAAUGUAACUGGCAAGACGUCGGAACCCUGAGCAAGAAAUGGCGUCUCAGCACCUACAAAUCCAAGAACUGCAUCAGCCAGACUGGCAGCUGGAAAGGCUCCGGCUUUGGUGUCCGAUGCAUUGACAUCCCCAACAACACCAAAUCCUUCAUCUUCACCGUCGGCAGCGGCUACAAUCCUCUCAACUUGGAGGACUGCACCAUCUUUUUCAAGACAAAGGGGAACUGUGGGGGAGAGCAGGUUGGAAGGUCGAAGGGUAGCUGGAAGAAGAGUUCUGUGAAGAGCAAGGUGGCUGGCGCGUAUAUCCAAUGCACCAAGCUGUUUCAGAAGCGCGAAGAGGAGGGUGAAGGCUCGGCGGAGAGAAAGUUUGUGAGGGAUGAUGAUGGCGAGUGGUUUGAGGAGCUUGAGGAUGGAAGAUUGGUCAAGGCUGAUUUGGUGGAAGACGGCCUAGAUGGAGAUGAGGACGAGAGGGAGGAGGCUUGA